AUGAAAAGAGUAAUUAAAGUAAAAUCAACAAAUUUUGCAGUUGCAGAUGAAGAAGGAUCAAUAAUAACUUCAUAUCGCAAUAAUGUCCAAAUAUUAGAUGUUGAAUCUUCGGUGAAACAAAAUUACGAUCUAAAUACUCAAAUUUCUUUUGUUGGAGAGGGUCCACUACCUACAAUAGGAUUCAAUGGAUCAAUUAUUAUUGUUCAACCCAAUGGCAAGCUCAUUCAAUACUUCUUCCCAGUAGGACUUGAAUCAAUCUCACCUUCUGCUGUCUCGUUUAACGCUUUCAAUACUCAUAUGGCAGUUGCUGCUGGAAAUGUAGCUUUGGUAUAUGAUUUAUCUAAACCAUUAGAAAAAGCAUUAAUAGCUGCCCUCGAAGGUCAUGAAGCAAACAUAGUCAAAUGCGCAUUCAUGACAUAUGAUAGCUACGAACAUCUUCUCAUUACAUGUAGUGAAGAUAAUCGCUUCUAUGUUUGGGAUUUAAAUCGUAGAUGCCAUUGCUACGAGUCACCAUUCGAAUCAAGCAAUUUAAUUAAAGGAAUUGUUACAUUCAAGACAAAUCAGUACUUUGCGCUUGCUUUUGAAGAUGGAUUCGUUAGGUUAUACGAUGCUUCCCCGAUUUUGAACUCAAAACCUUCAGUUAAAUUCAUAAAAACAAUUAAUAUGACACGAGUAGAACUUACAGAUGUUGAAGAAGAGGAAGAAGAGACAAUAGUUAUUUCUAAAAAUAAACCAUCAAAAUCCAUCAUUCCUAAGGACGAACCAAUCACUGCGGGGCUAUCUCCAUCGAUCAUAAAUACAGGAUUUUGCAGUAAUGGAUCAAGAGAGUUCAUGUUAGUGGCUACAGCAAAUUCUGUUAUUUCAUUCAACAUAAAUACACUCGAAAAAUCAGUAGUUCAUACUUUCGAUGAUGCUGUUGAUACUGUCUCAUUCUGCGAUAUGAUUGUUGCUAGCAGAUCCGCAUUAACAAAAGAUAUUACAGUUAAACGCCUUUCUCUCGGAAUUUUACCAGAACUUGGUACAGAUCUAUUUCCAACAGAAGAUCCUCCAGAGGAAUCACCUCUUAAUGCUGAAAUUCAGCCAAAAACAAAGCAAUCAACUCCGAUUGCAACUCUUCACAAGAAAAUUAAAAGCAGUGGCUACGCGGCCAAGCCACAGGCUCCACCAAACAGACUUGCCAAGAAGCCAGCUGCCAAAAAACCAGUCAAAAAAGAUGAAGCUCCAAAAGAGCCAAAAAUCUGCAAAGCUCCAACUUCUGUUAAAUCUACAAGCCAGCCUCAUGAUACUCCAAUCCUUACAGCUGCUGUUUCUCCUGAUGGAAAAAGAUUAAUCACGUCUGACCAAAGCGGAACAGUAGUAUUUGUAAAAAUGAAAGGAACAUCAUUCCCAGCGUAUCUCGGACAUCACCAACAGGUCACCGGCCUCAGCUGGUCAACUGAUAAAAAUUUCGCAUCUUGCUCUAUUGACAAAACCAUUAAAUUAUGGGACAUCGACCGUCCAGAUAGUCUCUUGACCAUAGAUACUAUCAAGACUGAUGGAAAAGGAGCGAAAUUCCCCGAAGAACUGACAGGAUGCAGUUUUCUAUGGCAGGACAAGUUCAUUGUGUCCUCCUGCGGCCAGAAUCUCCACUUAUUCGGCUAUAAACUUCCGAAUAUCUCAUCAAAAGAUAUCCAAAAUAUGCAUCAAACAGGAACAUAUAAAUGUAUUUCGACUGUUAACACAGGUUCAUCGAAAAUAGUAUCAUUGGCCGCUUCAAAUGUUCCUAAAUCGCCUGUUGUCUGCUAUGCGACCACCGCAAAAACCGUUGCUGCUGUUGAUUUCUACACAUGCCAGAAAACUGUUGAAAUCGACACUCAACAUGAGCGUCCUAUCCAUACAGUUGUAGCGAAUUAUGGCGGAAUGUUCACUCCAAGGCUUCCUGAUACUCCUUCUUUCGUUUUGUCCGCUGCUUUCGAUGAAACUUGCAGAUUAUGGGAUCUAAGAUCUGCAAGAUGCGAAAGAACAAUCAUUUGCGGAUCAAGGACAACAAAGAUAGGCGUUUCUAUUAGCCCUGACUCUAGAUUCAUCGCAAUCGGAACAGAAAGACUUGGAGUUGAAAUUUGGGAUAUCGGAAUGGGAACAUGCGUCCAGAAAAUAAAAGAUGACUUCAGAGGAACUGCUGUUACAUAUCUCCAAUGGAAUCCAGCAAAUGGAAGACUCAUCUCUGCAACAGAGAAUGGAUUUGUUAAGAUUUUGCAAUAA